AUGUUCAUUCCAGACAAAGAUGCUGGCGGUCGCAAAGGGCGAAAUAUAUUUGUUUCCCUUAUGAGAGCGGUAAAGUUGUUCGCGUUCUCUACCUUCACGCGUCUUACAUUUCAUAAUGAGGCUUUCCAUGACCCCAUCCGUUAUGCGUGGGCGAAACGCCACACCAAAGAUUCAUGGCAAGAACGGUAUAAGAAAAACGCUGCCGCUCUCGAUGCACGCAUCUCUGAAAUUGUUGCUCUCGAAAAACCAAACCCACGUCAACUUUGGCCUCAAGAUCGACGGCUUAACAAGGGCGCAGCCAGAAGACGUUCGGCUCAUAUUGAACUGGAGGAAGAGGAGGAGGAGGAGGAAGAAGAGGAAGACGGACCAGAAAUGGACGAGCUGGGGGAAGAAGAACCAGAGACGGGCGGGCCAGAGCAGGAGGAGCUAGGGGGAGAGGGAGAAGAACGGGAGACGGGGAGGCCAGAAGAACCUAUUGAGGGGGGUGUAACGGAAACGUCGCGUCGCAAGCGAAAAUCAGGGAACGAGCCGGUCUCUAAGGCGAGUUUGAAGAGGAAGAGAGUUGAUCAACAAGACAUUGUCAGUUCAAGAAGCAAAGGACCAUCGAAUGGGGACGAAGGACAAAGAACGGAAGGCUCACAAGACUUUGUACAAGAGGCGGAGGACGGAGAACCCUCCUUGCACAACUCCUUAUUCAGCGCAGUUGAUUAUACGUUCAACGAGCCUAGCUCUCCUGAACCACAAGAACACGCGGCCGCAUCCUCAAAUAGCACACCCCCUACCAAUUCCGCACUCCUCCCCACACAAACAACUUUAGUCGGUACCUCCCCCAUUGCUCCAACCCAACCUAGCAAGAGACGCCGGACGACAGAGGCCCGCUCAUAUCCGGCGGAACCAGAGGCCCCAUAUCGCAAUACUCGCUCAAGAUCCCGGUCUGUCCAGCCUCCCGUUAGGCCAGCCCCUCCCAAGAGGCGGGGGACGAAACGAAAAACUGAUGAUGCGGGGGACAAGCCACCACUAGAGCCCGUCAACGAGGCGUUUAAUGAUGAUAAAGUCAAUCCAGUCGAGCCUGAUAAUGUGGAAGUCAUUCCAGCUACACCUGACGAUGUGGAGUUCAGUUUACCUGACCCUGGUAAUGCCCCUGACAACGCGGACGUUCCAGUCCCCGAAACUUUGAUGGAAGAAAUGUAUGUUGAGGACCAGCUUCUUGCAGACAACAGCGUUCUCAGCGCUCUCACAAACCGCGAUACCAUUUCACAAGCACGGGUUACCCGCCAUCGAACAAUCUCUAUGGCCACUGAUGACGCUCAAACCCACAUUGCACUGCGUGCCCGUCCACUUCCCGCAGUCCCAAGCUCACGGGCAUCUUCAGCUUUCGAGAUCGACCCAGCACAUAUGCUCAUGCAAUUCGAACGUGCAACCACCAGAGUCUCUCUACCCCUACUAAACCCCCACCCACCCGGAGUUCAAGCCUCCCAUUCACACCCUCGACAAAGUGAACCCUUUCCACGUCAUCUGCGAUCUAUGACUCCUGUGCCAAGCACACCAGUUCCUAAUGUUGCCUCAAGGAAAAGGAAAGAGUCUACUUCAAGUGUUGAUUCCUUCCCCGUCGCGGGGACGAGAGCCAGCGCAGUCAAGAAGAAGCUUGAACAGCAGGAGAAGACUACGCCGUAUAAACCACCCGCUGGGUCAAGGGCGGCGCAACGGCUGGCAGAAAUGGCUAGGCAAGAAUAA